CCCUCGCACUCGCUUUGUUCCUUAUGUGCCGAUUACUUGUGAUAAAUCCAUUUGUCAGGAAGACAGAUUUCGUUCGCUUCCGUGGCGGUUAGAUGUGGUUUCUGUAACUACAUGCAUAUUUUUUUUAUUGCGGGGACUGCGCACGCGUUGUCCCUGUUUUUCUUUUAUUUUCAUAAUCGUUGACUGGCGUAGGGGAUAGAGUGUAACAAUUCUGCCCAGAGCCAUUUAUUGAAUCAGAACCAGAAAUCCAUCUGUCGUAGACAUUUAAUUAUCAACGUUCGUAGUAUCGCAGAGUUACCCGCUCUUUAAAAUAUUGUUUACAAAGAAACAAAUACAUUUGAUCCCGAUCGAUCAAUAUUUUUUCCCGCAUUGUGCUGUGCGCUUUUAGGCAACUUUGAUUAAUCAUUUAGAAGCAACAUACGAGUUUACAUAAAAAAGCUGCUUUUAUGAUGCUGGUUAUAAUAUAAUGAGAUAACGAAAUUGUAUAAUGAGAAACAUGAGUAAUCAAGAAAGUAUUUUGUCAACAACUUUAUCAUCACAUACGGAUCAAUAUACGAAGACGGACAUUGAGCCAACAGAUAAUUUAUAUCUUGCGCUAAUACAAUGCCUCGCUAUUAUAUUAUGUGGUUAUGUAGCUGGAAGAUUUGAAAUGAUAACAAACUCAGAGACAAAUGGUCUACACACCUUUGUUGGUACUUUUGCUUUGCCAUCUUUAAUUUUUAUGUCUCUGGCGAAACUUGAUUUUUCAUUAGUUAAUUGGAAUUUUCUACUUGCUAUAUUGCUUGCCAAGAGCUGUGUGUUUAUCGUUGUGCUCAUAGUUUCAUUAAUAAUUACGAAACCAUCGAAUCCUGGACGAGCUGCUCUUUUUGCAAUAUUUACCACUCAGAGUAAUGAUUUUGCUAUUGGAUAUCCAAUAAUUGAUGCUCUAUAUGGACAAACGCACCCAGAGUACGUUGCUUAUCUUUACCUGGUGGCUCCUAUAUCAUUAGCUAUUUUAAACCCGAUCGGUUUUGUCCUGCUGGAAAUAGGCAAACAACGUAUGGAAGAGCAUACGAGUUACAGAGACAUGGCCUGUUCUGUGGUGAAGGGCGUCGUGCUGAAUCCGAUAUUAUUCAUGACUGUCUUAGGCAUCGUGGGAAAUCUAAUCUUCAAACAUAAUGUGCCGCAUCUGCUCGCUACAGUCCUCGAGGUAUUUGGCAACGCGUUCUCCGCCAGUGCACUCUUUUUCUUCGGUCUGAUCAUAGUGGGCAAGGUGCACAAGUUGAAAGGCACAGCCCUUGUCAUACCAGGCAUACUGGUCUCGGUGAAGCUGCUGGUCCUGCCUUUGGUCAUCAGGAAGUCAAUCAUCUUCUUGAAUGCCGGAUACAACGAUACAGAAACGAGGGAUCUGAGCACAUACGGCUUCCUUUACGGCACCAUACCGACAGCGCCAGCUCUGUUUAUAUUCACUCUGCGAUACAAUCUCGAAACUGACCUGAUCACUUCGGCAUUGGUAGCCUGUACGUUUCUCUCGGCUCCGCUCAUGUUCGUGUCGGCCAAGCUGAUCAACGCGGCCUAUGCCGGCAUCACACCGGCCAGUUAUGCACAGCAAUUGAAUGUCUUUUCCUUCGACAUAAGCGUCGCGUCCGUGGCUGCUUGCAUAUGGCUAAUGAUAUGCUUCCUUGGAUUUGGACGGAAGAGAUACAAUCACGUCACUCAUCGAUGCACUCUGUGUCUUAUAGUUGCGCAGUUUUUAACAGCGAUAGGCGUGAUCAUUUGGUCAAAAUUGGAUCCAAAUUGCAGUUACGUCACAAUAUUAUGGUACGUCCAGUUUAUUCUAAUAACAAUCGGUGUGUACGCGAGCAGAAUGUGGACAGCUGGAAUCGCAGCGACGUUGCUGUAUCUGAGCGUGUACUCACGGUCCCACGUUGAGAAAUUGCAGAAGUUUUUUUAUCCUAUCGGAUGGGGGGUGCCGCUUUUCAUGGUGAUAAUGUUAUGCUUCUCCGAUUGUCCAAAUUUGACCAAUCUCAAUAUGAAAAAUCCGAAUUUCCAGUUUGACAGGAUCCAAGCCGCUGUAUCUUCAUUCAUAUUAAUAUUCUGCUUCAUAGUGACGGUAGGUUGUUUGGUCUUGCAACAGAGGUAUCAGAGAAGACACCCCGAGGUAACGUAUGAGAAUCUUGGGAACGAUGCACAGAAUACACCGAUCUUGAACGAGGAAAGAUCCGUAGUGGAUGUCGAGGAUAUAGUCUCACCGUUGAUGGACUCACCUGGAAUUCACUGUGAUUUCCAAAACGGUUGUGCUACUGGAGAAGCAUGCGAAACAUACUUAGAUAACUACAAUUGCGUCGAGGAAAAUGACCCGAAUGCGGGGAAUGACCCGCAAGCCCUGCGACAUCUCGUUUUACUCAUCCUGCUGUUGUGCUCCAUGUUCAUUGGUAUAUCGAUAUCUGUAGGGACGUUGAUUAUGGAACAAUUCUCUGGUAUUUAUGCCGAGCUUGUAUUCUUAGACGUGGCCUUGAACUUUGGACAAUCGUUAAUAGCGUUCGCGAUCUUUGGACUGGACCCAAGUCUGGGUAAAUUUGGAUGUUGGCUGCGAAAAAUUUAUAGGAAAUGGCAUGCAGGAAAAGAAUUAGAACUGCCUUGCGAGGAGGCUCUGAGCUCUGAAGUGAAGGAGAUCCGGGAGGAGUUUUAUCGAUAUCACCUAAAGGCUUGUCAAGCACAUAUAUCCAUGUGUCGCAGGCGAAUGUUGAGAGUAUACAGAAAAGUAUUUACCGGCAAGGAUCUAGUCAACUGGUUACUGGAAGUUGGACUCGCGAACAGUCGAGAGAACGCCGUUCUAUAUGGCCGUUGCCUGUUGGAGAGCAGAGUUCUGCAACACGUGGACGGUACACAUCACUUCUACGACCAGCAGCUACUAUAUAUAUUCAAUGAAUAGUUAAAUUUUUCUUAGGUUUUUCGGUUUUUCGGGAGCACAAAAACAUAAUUUGUAAUUAUCUUUUUUAAUUAACGAUACGCUCCAACGCGCGAGUGCGUGUACAACGUAUAAUUAAGUUUUUCAGUUUAGAUUAUCUCAAGAGAGACAAGAAAUUCUAUAUAUUUAUAUUUCUAUUUAUAUUUCAAACAACAGUCGCGACUGAGAAGAGAAUGGGAAUGCGAUUGAAUUGUCAACACAAGAAUGAUAUAUUUAUGUUUAUUUAUAGCUACAGUAGUUCCUCAUUUAUCGUCUUACGAGUACGAGCAUAGCGAAGUAAUUGAGUGAUUACUUUGCAAAGUGCUUUUAGAUAGAAUUUUAAUUUUUUUAGCGAAAUUUUUUGACAAAGUGAACAGAUUUACAGUGAGAAUAUUUGCCAAUAACAGAUGUACCUUCUUUUGAAUAAAUAGCGUGUUUCUGUUACUAAACGAGAAACAGUACCAGUAUUAAUGGUGACAGUACAAUACAACAGUAGUGCGGUUCAGCCAUUUUACUAUAACUUUAGCAAAGGCUGUGUUCAAUACAUUGUAUGCCGCACACUUAUAAUUUAAUGUAAGAAAUACACCAAUGCAGGGAUGCUAUUUUCACACGCGGAGAUUUUGAUUUUCUAUUGUGAUAUAUUUUGCGGAAGGAUAAGAUACACGCGAGGGAUGUUCGAAAGAAUGCCAAGAAUAGUAGCGCAGGGAGUGACCUAUUUUCAUGCCAAUGUUACUUCAACAAUUUGGAUAAGUACACUUUAAUUUCUUAUCAAUAUUCGAGUACAAGUGUACUCAAAUAUUGACAAGAAACGUAUACCUGCGAAAACAAGUGUAUAGUUUACUCAUUACAAAGAGAAGUUUGCAUUGUGUUACGGAAUACCAUAAUACCACAAUACAAGUAUUAUUUUAUA